UGAGGCACACAAACAUGAGAGUAGCUAGAUAUGGAAACCAUUUUCAUAUCGAUUACAUAAAUUAAAAAAUAGUUUAAUUGUCUAUAUUUAGAGAAAUCUAGAAACCAACACCUGAAAAAUCUAGUUUUCUCCUUCCAAUUUUCUCGACGGUUUUGGUGUUGAUUUGUUUUUCUUGAUCUGGGGUUUGUUAGAUCUUGAGGUUGAAAACAUAUUAAGGUGAAGAUAAAGAGAAAACCCUAAGGGUUUCUUGGGAAAGAAACAACCAUUGUUUAGGAAGGAUCGUAAGACAUUUAUUGAUCUUUGAUCACAAGAGAAGAAGAACAAUUAAAGAGAGAUCGAUGUUUUUUUGAGAAAGGGUUCUUCAUAAGAGAAUUAGAGAAGAAGAUGAAUUGCUUUUCAUGUUUUUGCCAUGAAAAGAAAAAAACUCCCAAAGAUUCAGAUAGCAGCGGCCGGAGAAAUGGUGAGUUGACCGGUAGAGAUAUCAACAAAACACACCCUGAGAAUCCAAACAAGACCGAGAAUGAGCAGAACAAAGACAAUGAUGUAGACAAAGAAGUGACCAGCAACGUUGAUGCUCAAACAUUCACCUUCAGGGAGCUAGCUACUGCCACCAAGAAUUUCAGAAAAGAAUGUCUGAUCGGUGAAGGCGGCUUUGGUAGGGUUUACAAGGGAAAACUUGAAAAAUGCGACAAGGUUGUGGCAGUGAAGCAACUAGAUAGAAACGGGCUGCAAGGGAAUAGAGAGUUCAUCGUAGAAGUGAUGAUGUUAAGUCUCUUACAUCACAAGCAUCUCGUGAAUCUCAUUGGUUAUUGUGCUGAUGGAGAGCAGAGACUUCUUGUCUAUGAGUACAUGUCUCGUGGCUCACUCGAAGAUCAUCUUCUCGAUCUAACACCAGACCAAAUACCGUUGGAUUGGGACACACGAAUGAGAAUUGCCCUAGGAGCCGCAUUGGGUCUUGAGUACUUGCAUGACAAGGCAAAUCCUCCGGUGAUCUACAGAGAUCUCAAAGCAGCAAAUAUCCUUUUGGACAGUGACUUCAACGCCAAGUUAUCUGAUUUUGGGCUAGCAAAGGUAGGUCCUACCGGGGAUAAACAACAUGUGUCCUCCAGAGUUAUGGGAACUUACGGGUACUGUGCUCCAGAGUAUCAGAGAACCGGUCAGUUAACUAUUAAAUCUGAUGUUUAUAGCUUCGGAGUUGUGUUGUUGGAACUGAUAACUGGAAGAAGAGUUAUUGAUACAACCAGACCCAAAGAUGAACAUAAUCUAGUGACUUGGGCACAACCUGUGUUCAAAGAAACGAGUAGGUUCCGGGAGUUGGCUGAUCCAAGUUUGGAAGGAGAGUUCCCCGAGAAAGCACUUAACCAAGCCGUGGCAGUGGCCGCCAUGUGUUUACAGGAAGAGGGAACCGUACGGCCACUCAUCAGCGACGUCGUUACCGCUCUAGGUUUCUUGGGAACGGCCCCUGAUGGCUCUAUCUCUGUUCCACGAUACGACGACAUUCCUUCUCCUCCUCAGCCAUCUGGCGAAACGUCCGGUGAUGAUUCUGCAGCGGCAGAGGAACGGGAAAGAGCCGUGGCAGAGGCAAUGGAGUGGGGAGUUGCUUCGAGAGCACAUUCGAGGAACCCAAGUGCAGCACCUUCCUUAAACCCAAGUGCAGCACACUCCAGGAACCCAAGUGCUUCUUGAUUUUUUACAUUUACAUUUUUUGUCUUCUUGAAUUUAAUUUUUGGUUUUUUUUUGUUUGAACAUGCUUCAUUAAGUUUCAGAGAAUAGUGAUAGAAGUUGUUGUAAUGUUCUCUGUGUUGUAAUGUUCUGUUUUGUUUAAAUGUGUAUAUAUUCCGGCUGGGUU